AUGCGGAUGUGUAUAAAAAACAAUAUUAAAUCAACACUUCCUCAACUUGAAAAUGCAAAGGAAUAUCUUAAGGUUGUGGAAGAUUGGUUUCGUUUAGCAGACAAGUCCCUUGCAGGGAGAUUAAUGGCUGCACUUAUCACUAUGAAGUUUGAUGGUAGCCGAGGAAUGAACGAACAUGUCCUUGAUAUGACUAAUCUAGCUGCUAGAUUGAACUUAGUGGGAAUGAAUGUUGAUGAGAGCUUCCUUGUUCAAUUUAUUUUGAAUUCUUUGCCUCCUCAAUAUGGGCCAUUUCAGAUUAACUAUAACAUUAUUAAAGAAAAGUGGAAUAUGAAUGAAUUGGCAAUUAUGUUAACUCAAGAAGAGGCAAGGCUUAGGCAACAAGGGACAACAUUCAAUUAA